GGGAGCUGAAAAUUUUAUAUUCUUCUAAAAUUUGUCCUAAAACUGUUUUAUUAGUGCACAAAAAAGCAAAAAAAGUGAUAUUGAAGUCACUGUGAUCCAUCAUCUAUAGACGGUAAACCUCGUGGUCCAACGAUCUGAAUUACAUCGCCAAGAUAUGGAAGCCCUUCGGGAAAUAACGCAGUUCCUGAGUAAAUCCGCCCGGCUGGAUUUGAAAGCAGUUUCACUCACACAUGUGCUCGGCCUUACUGGUUCAAAGGAUGGAAUUUCAUUGAUCAGCCAGUGCCCGGAGCUGUUGGCAAAUGUUGUUGAUUUGUGCGCCGAUGAAGCCGACACCAUACGGAAAGAUGCCGUUCUUUCGUUGGUCAAUCUUUCCGCAGAACAGGACGGCGCAGAGGCUUUGGUCAAACAGUUCGCAUCUAAACUAGUACCCAUGGCGUAUGAUGCCAUUAUGGACGAGAACUGCAAACUUGCCGAUCCGUGGAGUAUGGUUUUGUGCAACAUUAGCCGCCCGGAAGCUCUGGUGGAAGCAGUUUUAGACGAGCUCUUCAAAAUCGAACAUGCCAUGGAACGGUUGACUACUUGCUUCACCCGCGUCAACUACAACAAGCAAAAAGGCCAUCUGAACUACUUGGGACCCCUGUUCAGUAAUCUGUCGCAGAGCAAACGGGGCCGUGAAAUUAUCUGCAACGAAAAUACGGAUCUACUCUCACGGAUUCUUCCAUUUGUCCAUCACGAUGGGAGCAUAGUUCGUCGAGGUGGAGCCGUAGGCCUGCUCAAAAAUAUUUGUUUCGACUCUUCGGUGCAUGACUGGUUGCUUGGUGGGGCGGUGGACGUGUUGCCUUUCAUUCUGUUACCUGUGGCGGGACCGGAAGAGUUCGACGACGACACGAAUGACAAACUGCCGGUUGAGCUGCAAUACUUGGGACCAGAUAAGAAACGCGAAGAGGAUCCGGACAUAAGAAAGAUGUUGCUGGAAUCUUUGGCCCAACUAUGCGCUACCCGUAAAGGGCGCGAGUACUUGAGGCAACGGGGAACGUACGAAGUGCUGAGAGAGCUGCACAAGUUCGAAUGCAGUCCGGAAGGGGAAAAGCGAGUGCUGGUUACUUGCGAAAAUGUGGUGGACAUUUUGAUCAGGACGGAAGAUGAAAUUGGGGAAGACAAUCUGAAAGCCUUGGAUAUUCCCGAGGACGUGAUAUCAAAAAUCGAGAAGAUGGAUGGAGAAAAUGAACAAUAAAGUUAUCAAAACGCCAA